GAGCGACUAGAACAUCAAAAUUACACGCACUUGAGAAAACCGAGGCGUUCGCGCGCUGAUAAGCAAAACAAAAACUAAGUAGCUGCUUCGGGACUGUCGAAAUAAAAUAUUAAACGUACUCACAACUCGACACAAACAACUUUAGGCGCUCGAACUGUGCACGUCGCCUCCGUUUCGUCGUAUAAUAAUCAAUGUGCUUUUAGUUCGGUAUUUUCAGUGUAUAUUUAAAAUCUAUGUACAUAUAUAAAUAAAUAUACAUAUAUAUGUAUUAUUCGUGAUUCUGGUUUAGGACAAUCUCUAGUCGAAAAGGAAAAUUCUAAAAUAAUUAAAUAAUAAUGAGUGACAAAUUAGUGAACGGUACUUGCAGCAGCAACGGCAAUGGCAAUGGUAACGGCGAUGCCAGCAACAAAAAAUGCAACGGUACAAGAAAGGAAGUGCGCGUAUGGUGCGAUGGCUGCUAUGAUAUGGUCCACUUUGGGCAUGCCAAUUCACUGCGACAAGCCAAGGCACUUGGCGAUAAAGUAAUUGUCGGCAUUCACACCGAUGAGGAGAUCACCAAACACAAGGGACCGCCCGUUUUCACCGAGGAGGAGCGCGUCAAAAUGGUGAAGGGCAUUAAGUGGGUCGACGAGGUGGUUCUCGGUGCGCCCUACGUGACCACUCUCGAGGUCCUCGACCAAAAUGACUGUGAUUUCUGUGUGCAUGGCGAUGACAUCACGAUGACUGCCGAGGGUGUCGACACAUAUCAUCUGGUCAAGUCGGCCAACCGUUACAAGGAAGUGAAGCGCACCGCUGGCGUUUCGACCACAGACCUGGUGGGUCGCAUGUUGUUGCUAACACGCAACCAUUUCCGUCAAGGCUCCGCCGAAUAUGAUAUCGAGAAAGAAGCAGCAAAACUUUUAAAAAUUCAACAACUGCAAUCCCGUUUAGGUUCAUCGAACAUGGGUCAGGAUUCGGCAGCCAAGAGUCCCUGGACCGGUUGCAGCCAGUUUUUGCCUACAACACAGAAGAUAAUCCAGUUUAGCGAUGGCAAAUCACCAAAUCCCGGCGAUAAGAUUGUUUAUGUGGCUGGCGCAUUUGAUCUCUUUCACGUGGGUCAUUUGGAUUUUCUGGAAAAGGCUAGAAAAUUGGGCGACUAUUUGAUUGUCGGCCUCCAUACAGAUCCCGUUGUCAAUUCUUAUAAGGGCAGCAACUAUCCCAUUAUGAAUCUGCAUGAGCGCGUGCUUAGCGUUUUGGCCUGCAAAUUUGUCAACGAGGUGGUCAUUGGUGCACCCUACUGUGUCACUGAGGAGCUGCUGGAUCACUUCAAGAUAGACGUGGUUUGCCAUGGACGCACACCGAUUGCUCUGGAGGAUGGGAAAGUUGAUCCAUACGCUGUGCCCAAGACUCGAGCCAUCUUUGAGCUGAUCGACUCUGGCAACGAUAUGACCACGGAGCGCAUUGUGGAGCGCAUAAUAUUGCAUCGGCUGGAGUACGAGCGCCGGAAUCAAGCCAAAGAAAAGAAGGAAAUCGAAGCGUUCGAGGCGCUGCAGCGACAAAAGCAAACGCAAAAGGCGGGUUAGACCCGAUUUUAAUACAAUAGACAAUGUUCUUUUUAGCUACCAUCUUUCUCGUUAAGUAUGUUUCGUUUUAUCGUUGUCAAUUCUUUUGCAUUUCGUUUUCUUUUUGUGUUGGGCAUUUGCGAAAGCAAACGCAGCAGCGGGCCCCGAUUAUUGCAUGCCCCACUACACACACAUUCACCGCUCACACUUACACAUACACAGCUGUAUACAAACUUGAUGUAUACAUAUAUAAUACCAUAUAUAGUAGCUUAUCAAAUCUAAAUUGUACGUAUGUAGGCUCAAAAUUUGUAAAUUCUUUUACUAUUUCUUAAGUGUAACGAGUGCGAACUCAACAAAAUUGUACGAAAUAUAUUUAAGUAAAAUCUAUAACAAACCAAUGUUCGUGAAUUAUUGUUUAUAUUCACCAACAAUCUAAUCAAUAAUUGGAGAUGCUAGUGGCUAGCUUUUGGAGCCAGCUUGCAGCUUCGAUCGAGCGUAAUCUCUACAAUUGUGUUUGCUGUAUGAAUUCCUUAGUUCAAAUCUAUGUCUGUGUACCAUUAUGUUUGCAUGUGUUUAGUUUGUAAAACAAUAUGUCAUUAAACUAUUGCCAAAA